GGACAACACUGUUGACAUUGGCGCCAUUGGCAUUUGUUUGAGAAGCUUUCUUUGCAACAUCAGGUGGCGCAUCUUUGUUCCAGGGAGCAAGGCCAAUGGCGCAGGACGAGAGGAGGGGCAGUGACUCGAGGGUUUCUGAAAGUGAGAGGCGGAGAGAGAGGAAGAGGAAAAGUGGCUGGGACGAUCCAGCCCCUCAAGACCCUCCCAAAGAUGCGAGGACCUCUCAGCGUCCAAAAACGGUGGACGACGAGCUCGAGGAAGGCGUCCGCCAGGCUCAGCUUAUCGCGAAGCAGAGAGCGGCCCAAGCGACCGCUGCAGCCAAAGCAACGGCGGCCCAGGCACCCCCGAAAGAUGCAUGCCGCAUCUAUGUUGGAAGCAUCUACUACGAGCUCAAUGAGUCUGACAUCAUUCUCGCUUUCUCUGCCUUUGGUUCGAUUCACAAGAUUGAUAUGCCAAGAGACGCUGCUACUGCCAAGCACAAGGGUUUCUGCUUCAUCGAGUUCCACAGCUCCGAGGCGGCAGAAAACGCGCUCAACACCAUGAACGAGUUCGUGCUGGCGGGCAGGAAGUUGAAGGUCGGACGUCCGCACAACAUUGCUGGCAUGCCAGGGGGCAUCGUUGUUUCGACCACCCCUCCCACGCCCCAAGCACAAGCCGCAUUCAAGCAGGCGCAGCAGCAGGCCCAAGCCAUAUCCGCCCAGCUGUCGUUGCGUCAGCAGCAGCAGGCGCAGCUUCUGAUCGCGCAGCAGCAGCAAGCGCUUGAAAACCCGCACCUGGUUGCCCAGGGUCUCCUUCCGCCGCCGAAUCCGGCGGCGAUCCAGGCGCUGCUGAAUCCGAGUCGGCCUGACGCUAGAAUAUACGUGGGCUCGAUCUACUACGAGAUCAGCGAGGAAGACAUCAAGGCAGUCUUCCAAGCAUUUGGGCAAGUCAAGUCUUGCAAUCUUAUCCCAAACCCUGAGACGGGCAAACACAAGGGCUACGGCUUCAUUGAAUUCGAACAGCCGGAAGCAGCGAAGGCGGCCAUCGAUAGUAUGAACGGCUUCGAUUUGGGUGGCCGACAACUAAAGGUGGGCUGGGCUGCGGCCAACGCCGGUCUUCCGACGCCGCCCCCGUUGCCGAAUCCCAACCUUCCCAACAUGCCGUUUGGGAUGCCGCCCAUGCCCGCGGUGCUACCCCCGGUUACCUUUUCUCCUAACCCAUUCCAGCCCCCGUUCCAGCCCACCCUUGCGCCGCCCCCCAUGCCCAUCGCUCCGCCAGUGGUCCCGGGUCUCAAACCCACCCGAUGCGUGCUUCUGAAAAACAUGGUGGGCCCGGAAGAAGUGGACGCAGACCUUGAGGGCGAGGUGACGGAAGAAUGCAGUAAGCAUGGUGAAGUGGAGCGAGUGGUUAUCUACCAAGAGCAGGCUUCUGCCCGAAAAGACGACAUACAGGUCAAGAUAUUUGUGCUAUUCCGAACGGUCUCGGAGGCCCAGAGGGCACACCGGUCACUUGACAAGCGGUGGUUCGGGGGCCGGCAGAUCGAGGCCAAUUUUUACGACGAGGCACGAUUCAAGCGGCAGGAUCUAUCGGGAUGAUGGAGGAGGCUAGUUGAAAGGUAUUGAUUGGACAGUGACAGAGACGGUUACUUCAUAAUUCUGGCCAAAGCUAGUCGUGCUCGUCCGUCGGGUGUACGUCGAGUUAACAAGGUUCAAGGACAUCUUGCGCGCGUGCGCCGGGCCGCGGCCUGGUUUUGAGGCGGCGAAUGUCUUUAAAUGCCACUGGACACACACACAUACAUGUUUACCAAUGUCGUCAAGGAACCUUCGGUCGGAACCAAAUCAAACUCCGAUCGUUCUGCGCAAAGUUUAGAUGACUCUUGCUUGAUUAUGUCCCCCACUUGGACGGGAUCGAAGCGCGACUUAGUAUAAAUGCAGCUGCCUCUG